AUGAAUGGAGCUUCACCCCUUUUCCUCGGCCUCGACGCGAGCACGCAGGCGCUCAAGGCAUCUUUGCUCGAUGCUGACCUCAACGUCCUCUCGGAGCUCGAAGUGCGCUUCGACCGCGACCUCCCUCAUUACAACACAAGCGGCGGUGUGUCGGCUCCCACCUCCGGCGACGACCAGGGCACCGUGGUGGCACCCGUCAUGAUGUACGUCGAGUCGAUCGACCUGCUCGCCGAACGAAUGCGAUCCGCCUCCUGGCCCGUCUCCCGUAUCCGCGCGGUCUCCGCUGCGGGUCAGCAGCAUGCUUCGGUCUACUUUUCUCGCGCCGCACCCCGCAUCUUUACCACUCUCUCCUCCCAAAAGUCGCUGACCGAGCAGGUCGAGCAAGCCUUCAGCAGAAAAGUCGUACCCAACUGGCAGGACUCUUCCACCGUCGAAGCUUGCAAGGCGUACGAGAAGGCAGUCGGCGGAGCAGACGAGCUGGCCAAAGUCACGGGCUCGAAAGCGCACACCAGGUUCACAGGUCCACAGAUCUACAAGUUCAGGACCCAGCAGCCGGAAGCGUACAAGGAUACAGAGAGGAUCGGCCUCGUGUCCAGCUUUAUCACCACCAUGUUGUGCGUCGGAGAAGGAGAAGACGAAAGGACGGCGAUCAAGGGUAUUGAUGAAUCCGAUGCUUGUGGUAUGAACUUGCUCGACAUGCGACCUUCGUCCUCCAACCCUAAUGCGGAAGCCAGAGGCAAGCUCGAGCCAGGUUGGAACCAGACCCUGCUAGCGCUCACAUCCGGCGAAAGCGAAGGUGCAGACUCAUCCCUAGGAGGAGCUUCUGAGUUGGAGAGGAAGCUCGGUGUCAUUUACCGCGAUGCAGGUGCACCCGUCGGUAAGAUCGGCAGCUGGUGGACGCAAAAGUACGGAUUCAGCCCAGACUGCCAGGUCUUCCCCGGAACAGGCGACAACCCUGCCACCUUCCUCGCCUUCAGCUUGGCAGAGCGUCAAGCGAUCAUCAGCUUGGGAACCUCGGACACCGUCAUGGUACCCACGCAUCAGUACGUCCCCGACCCGGACUUCCACGCCUUCUUCCACCCGGCCAAACUACCUUCCAGCGGGGACGCCUUUUUCAACAUGCUCGUCUACAAGUCCGGCAGCUUGGCGCGAGAAUGGAUCCGUGAUCAGUACUGCAGCAGCAACUGGGAUACCUUCAACGCCGAUGUCGACAAACACAAGCUCGAGCGAGGAAAGGAGCAGAGGACUGGGUUCUACUGGCUGAGACCCGAGAUCAUUCCUUCUGGAGCAUCCGGUAUUCAUCGAUACACCAAGCAGGCCGCCGAGGGUGAAUGGCAAAAGGUGCAAGAUUUCAGCGAGCCGGGCAUGAAUGCGAGCAGCAUCCUCGAGACGCAAAUGCUCAACUACCGAUACCGCUCGUCAUCGAUCGUCGCCGGUCCCGCUGCAUCCUCGUCCUCGACUGUCGACACGAGCAAGCUGCCACUCGAAGCGAUCUACGCUGUCGGCGGUGCUUCUUCCAACCCGACCAUCACACAAACCAUGGCAGACGUCUUUGGCUGCGACAUCGUCAAGCCAGUACAGCCUGCUGAAGAUGGGAAGGGAUGGACCCCCGCCAACUACAACUUUUGCUCGGUAGGUGCUGCCUACAAAGCGGUUUGGGGCUGGAGUCGAUUGCAAUUGACGGCGAGCGAAAAAGUGCCCGAAUUUGACGAGUUUGUACACGCGACCAAGUCCAAGCAGGCGAAACGAGCUGGGUUGGCAGGUGCAGCGGACGAGGUCGAGGGUGGUGUGCAGGUGAUUUGCCGACCAGAGGAAGGUAGGACACAGGUGUACACGGACGUGAUUGGCGAAUGGAAGCAGCUCGAGGAAAGGGCCCAAAAAGAGCAAUAA